AUGGCGGGCACUGAGGCGGGAGGCAGGCCUGCUCCUGCCUGCGUGCUGGGCAUAGACCUGGGCACGACAUCUGUUAAGGCAGCCCUGUUGAUGGGGACAGAGCAAGGGCAGGUGGUGGCAGAGAGCUGCUCCAGGGAGACGCAGGCACACACCAGUAGCCUGGAUGCUGGACCUCAGGGAAUGGAGCAGAGUGUCUGGAGGAUAAUAAGAGCAUUGAACGAAUGCCUUGCUGCUCUACCUCAGCAGCAGCUUCAAAGAGUCAGUCACAUUGGAAUUUCAGGACAAAUGCACGGGAUUGUAUUUUGGAAAAAAGAUAAAGGUUGCAAGUGGACAGAGUGUGGUACAGGGCAUACCUUUGAGCCGGACGAGGUCAGUCACCUGAUUACUUGGCAGGACGGUCGCUGCAGUCCCACCUUCCUCUCUUCUCUUCCUUUGCCACAGUCACAUAUCAGCUUGGCUACAGGAUUUGGGUGUGCCACAGUCUAUUGGUAUUUAAAGAAGAGUCCAGAUUUUCUGAAGUCUUAUGAUGCAGCUGGCACUAUCCAUGACUAUGUGGUUGCCAUGUUGUGUGACCUGAAGAAGCCACUCAUGUCUGUCCAGAAUGCUGCCAGCUGGGGAUAUUUUAAUUCCAGAAACAAAAGCUGGAAUAUUGACAUAUUGAAAAAAUCCGGCUUUCCUGUUCACUUGCUUCCAGAGGUGGGAGACUCUGGCAGCAUUGCAGGCAGGACAAUCUGUGCGUGGCAUGGAAUACCCAAAGGAGCAAAAGUAGGAAUUGCUCUGGGAGAUUUCCAGUGCUCUGUUUAUUCCUGUCUGACUGGAAAGACUGAUGCAGUUCUUAAUAUCAGUACCUCUGCUCAGCUGACUAUCUCAAUGCCCCUGGGCUUCCAGCCUCCAGAGACACCAGAUCCUUCCUCAGCUGUUACUUAUUUUCCCUACUUCAAUGGUGACUAUUUGGCAGUGGCAGCAUCACUUAAUGGAGGCAAUGUGCUAGCAACAUUUGUGGACAUGGUGGCACGGUGGACUGAAGAGCUAGGACUUCAGGUGCAGGAGUCUGCCAUCUAUACAAAGAUAAUCAAAGCAGCCUUGGCCCAAAAUGACAGCAAACUCUCAGUCCACCCAACCAUAUUUGGAGAGAGACACAUUCCUCAGCAGUUGGCAUCAGUGACCAAUAUUGCUGUCUCUGACCUCUCCCUGGGUCACAUAACCAGAGCUCUGUGCCGUGGCAUCGUUGAAAACCUCUGUUCCAUGUUACCUGUGCAGCGCCUGAUGGAGACAGGAGUCAGGAAGAUUCUGGGGAGCGGGAAUGCCCUUGCCAGGAACGAAGUGCUGAGGCAGGAAGUGGAAAGGAUUUUUCCAUUCCCUGUGGUUUACGGGAAGGAUGUCGAUGCUGCUGUGGGGGCUGCCAUGGUGAUGUUCCACAGAAAAUAAAGUCAUUGUUUGGAAUGGC